ACUUUAGGGGAGAUCUCUCUGGCGAGAAGUACUGCUCAGAAAUCUUCCACAGCUUUUCUUCGUUCUGUGUCAAUGGGCACCGAAGUUUUUCGUUUACAAGCCAAGAGUAUUCAACAUCGCUUUCGCCGUGAAGCCUCCGCACCAGCCACGCUACGAAAAAGUUCUCAACGUAACUGUGGUUACCAUAGUCGCCGGCGAUUGCAAAGUCCGAUCGCUGUUCAGGCCAUGCACCAUGAUCGAUGUCAGAGCCGCCUCUGCAAUCAAUCCCCGGGCCCAAACCUUGUCAAGGGUGACGUCAAAAUCCUCAAGCGAGGCGAGAAGUUGAUUUUUGAUAGCGGGUGCUUAGCGGUCGGUGCUUCCAGUGAGAAGCAUAGCGCGGAGGCCAAGAACGAGAAAGAUCUCGAUUUGGUCUUAGAAUCGACGGAUCGGCCGGGUCGGAUCCCGGAGACGAUGCAGAACCACGUUCAGGUUGAUUCGGAAGUAGAGAAAUAUGCAGGACCCGCUUUUCAUGCUUCGCCGUCUCCAAGUUUGGUUCCAGUCCCGCGGUUGCUGAGGAAGAAGCUACGACCAUCAGUGACUUGAUGGUUGUUUGUUCACAAGGUGUCAACAAGCUUCCUUCGGUUGUUGAGUGAGAACACGUGGUCAACUUGCAGGUUCUUUAGUUUUUGUUAUAAUUUGUGCUAGCUUACAGUUUUAUAGACUCAUAGGAAAGAAGCAAAUUUGAGUAGUGAAUUUGAGUUGUGCUCUUUUGUUUUCUUUAGGUCUUCAUUUGUUGUAACUGGUUCUUUUGGGUGUGUGCAUCAUACUCAUACCAUAUCAAUGUAUAUUUGACGCUGAUGUAAUAAAAGAAUUAGUUUGCUCCUUAGCUUU